GCCCGGCCCAGUCUAGCAAGGAAGGAGGGGCCCCACAUCUUCAUCCUCUUUCGUCCCCCCAGGCUGCUGGGGUGGUUUGGUCGGAUCGGGUCGGGCGCCCUCACCGCGCCGCCGCCUCCUCCACCUCCACCUUUCCCUCCCUCGUGCUCGGCGGGCAUCUUCCCCCUCCCUCCUAUUUCCUUCUUCCUUCAUUCGUUCACCUCCCUUGGGUUCCCCUCACUCCGUACAAGAAAGAUUGGCACCAGCCAGCAGAUUGCUCCCUUCCCUUCCCACCCGUAUAAGUAUAGGAUAUCGCCCUCCUCUCCCCGACCCAGCACAAGAAGGUUGCUGCGACACGGGGGGCCUCUUCUUCCUCCCUGCCUGCCCUGGAGUAAGGAAGCAGACAGCACUUGGAGUUACCGCCAACUACCGGGCAGGGCUCGGCUGUCAAAUUCUCUAUUUGGCAGCCAGCCCGUGUCCAACUCAAUCCUAAUUUUACCUGCACCUGGGCAAAGGUGCAGGCAGAUAAAUAACGUGCACAAGUUCCUCCUUGGCAUGUGACAAGAAUCUCGUUGCUUCUGAGAGGCUCCGCAACCCAUGAUGGCUUCCUUCUCAGGACCCCUCCACCGCCCCCUCUCCGCCAUGGCCGUCGCAGCCUUCGCUGCCGUCUCCUCCCUCGAGCUGCCCGACAAGUUGUCCCACCACAAGCUUUCUUAUGCAAGCGCGAAUGCAGAUGCGCUUGUGUCACUUCCAACCACCAGGACAGAUGUUCCAGGGGCACCUUCAGCCUCUGCCCUGUCUGUGCAGCUAUUGCCACGCAAUCUCCAGAGUUUGCAACCAUUGAAGGCUCCGUUCGCGUCUUUGCCGGUCAUCCUGACCGUUUACCAGUAUGCAAGGUUUACCAAGACCUCGGAACAAGACGAUGCGAUGCCCGCAGUUCCUUCCUCGUCGUCUGAUGUGCUGUACCGCUGGCAUCUUCCAGACCCCAGGGUCUGUGCCGAAUUCCCUGAUAAGUCUCAGACGGUGGUGGUUCUUCUUGGGUGGCUGGGCUCAAGGCAGAAGCAUCUCAAGAGAUAUGCUGAUUGGUAUACCUCCAGGGGCUUCCAUGCUGUCACUUUCACCCUCCCAAUGUCUGACAUCCUCAGUUAUAACCUUGGAGGGAAGGCUGAGAAGAAUGUAGAGAUGCUAUCUGAACAUCUUGCUGGCUGGGUAAGGGAGGAGAGUGGGAAGAAGAUUAUUUUCCACACCUUCAGUAAUACUGGUUGGCUUUGCUAUGGCGUAAUUCUGGAAAACCUACAACAGCAGGAUGCUUCAGCAGUGAAGAAAAUUAAAGCUUGCGUAGUAGACUCUGCACCUGUUGCUGCACCUGAUCCUCAGGUUUGGGCCUCUGGCUUCUCAGCUGCCCUCAUGAAAAAACGUAGUAUCACCACAAAAGGACUAGGAUCAAAUGAUUCAAGGUCUGAUGUCCUAGUUGUGGAGUCUAACAUGGAGCCCAAGCCGGCAGCAACAGAGGCAGUUCUCCUAUCAGCUUUGGAGACCUUUUUUGACGUUGUUUUGAACUAUCCAAGGAUCAACAGGAGGUUAUCUGAUGUCAUGGAGCUUUUGUCAUCGAAGCAACCAAAGUGCCCCCAACUGUAUAUAUACAGCUCCGCUGACAAGGUCAUCCCAGCAAAAUCAGUGGAGUCAUUCAUCGAGGGGCAGCGGAGAGCCGGGCGCGAGGUGAGAGCCUGCGACUUUGUGUCGUCGCCCCAUGUGGAUCACUACCGGAGCAAUCCUGGGCUGUACACCUCUCAGCUGAGCAACUUCUUGGAGGAAUGUGUCCUGACACACCGUUGCAAGGAUGCAGGGUCAUCAUGAUAAUCAUGUUGUUGCGGCAGAACACAAAACAGUUGGUUGUUUUAUUCUUUUGGUCCAUGAUCUUGAAUUGAAUGUACCCGGGAUAUACGCUGGUCGGUUAUACCAGGAGAUUCUGACAUGUUUUUGUUCUUCCCUUUUGCGGGGCUGACUUUAGGCGCACAAUUGUAAAAAAACGUUGAGGAGAUAACGAAAAAGAAAAUGAGAGUCAAUUCUUUGUUUGGGCUGACUGCCAAACUGAUUUGCAUUCUGUACAACUCUACUUAUAUGUACUGACUGA